GUAAAAGAAAAUCUCAAAGAAGAAAAUACAAACCAAACUAGAGCCCAUACCCACUCACUCUCCACUUUAUUUUCUUUUUCUCAUUUUCUUUCCUUUUCCCACCAAAACAAACUUUUCUUUUUUAUAUUUCCAAUAUUCUUAUUUCAUUUCACUUCCUUUUCAAAAUCCACGGAAGCCUUGGGAAAAACAACUUCAACACAAAACCAAUAAUGGCAACUCACCCAGCCAUGAAGAAAUCAUGGUCGAGGGGCUCUGACUCCACUCAGUUCGAAUCACCUGCACGUUUUUGCUCUCCCUUACGAUGGGACGCAGCAGACUCACCGGAGUAUCGUUCACCGGAAAACUCGCCGGGAAAGUUGGUAGACAAUUCAAUGGCCGUAGUCGCCGUCGACAAACUAAGGAAAUUAUCUCAUGACAAACUCCCUCAGCAACAUAAGCCACCGGAGAAUGCUGUCAUGGUUGUCAACCGGCCAGAGAGAGAUCAGGAGUCUCAACGACAGAUGACGAAGAUGGCAACAACAGACGUCGAAGCUGAACGGAGACCGAGGUCGGCUUCUUCUGUUGGUAGGACGGCGGAGGAGGUUACGAGAAAGGCGGCGUUAGGGUUCCGGCUAUGCGAGGUGGUUGUUUGUCUGAUUUCGUUUUCAGUUAUGGCUGCGAAUAAGACACAAGGUUGGAGUGGUGACUCUUAUGAUCGUUAUAAAGAAUACAGGUAUUGUUUAUCUGUGAAUGUUAUCGGAUUUGCAUACUCAGCAUUACAAGCAUUUGAUCUGGCCUAUCAACUAGUAACAGAGAAACACAUGAUCAGUCACCACCUUCUCUAUCACUUUCAAUUCAUCAUGGAUCAGGUUGUGGCAUAUCUUCUGAUAUCAGCAUCAUCCUCUGCAGCCACACGGGUGGACGAUUGGCAAUCGAAUUGGGGGAAAGACGAGUUCACAGAGAUGGCUACUGUUUCAGUUGGAAUGUCUUUCCUAGCUUUUUCUGCUUUUGCUAUGAGCUCACUCAUCUCUGGUUACAUCCUUUGUACCCGCCGCAACUCCGUGUGAAUUUCUUUAGUUGCUUUGCUGUUGUGACCAAAUGCAUUCCAGAUAUUGUUGAUGCUGGUCAUUUUUUCACUCUAUCGAUUGACUUUGUUUGUAUAUAUACAGUUUCAGUAUAUUGUUCAUCUCAUAAAAGGAGGGUGAAGAAGUAGAAUUUCUUUGUCUUGUUUUUCAAA